GACAUAUCUCUGGCACAAAGAAGACGCUGAAAAUGUCUCCAAAUAUGACCUGUGAAGCUAUCCAGUCUUUCUCUCCAAGGCUUACUGUGGCCAAAAGAAAGGAGGCUCUUGAGCUUAGAAAGACUAUGAAGCCUUUGAUGGAAAAAAGAAGGCGCGCCCGAAUCAACGACAGCCUGAACCAUUUAAAAAGCCUGAUCCUUCCCCUCACAGGAAGAGAUAAGUCUCGCUACUCAAAGCUUGAGAAAGCCGACAUCCUGGAAAUGACUGUGACGUUCCUCAGCGACAUUCCCCCAAUUAACGCAAAAGAUGCCACAGACAACUACAAAGAGGGCUUCAAAGCCUGCCUCCAGCGCGUCUCCGCUCUGCUUCCCAAAACGAGCUUGGAUCAGGACGCCCGCCAAAGGAUGACCGAAUUCAUCCAGCAUUCCACUCCCGCCAGCGUCAAGCCAUCUUGCCUGAAUUGCUGUUCCCAGACCUCCAGUACAUUCCCUCAGAUUCAGCAAAGACUCCUGAACCUCAAAUCCAGCUUCAGCAUCAACCUGGAGAGCAAGUCCCGCAGCAGCAGCGCAGUGGCUCCCGGCCGCGCGCAGCCAGUCCCGCAGGCUGUCAGCGCGUCCAUGUGGAGACCCUGGUAGAUAUUUUCAGUUGAUGUGCACGGGUUUCUCAAAAGACUUUGAAAUAUUGAUAAAAUAGCGUCACUUGUAAAUAUGCACAGUGAUUCCACGCUCGUUAUCGUUGAUGAAAAGUAAGAAUUCGUCGUUAAAUCGUCACAGUUGAGUAUUAUAUACUUGUUUGUUGCGCACACGUCUGCUGUCCUGUAUAAGUCGACAAGUUUAGACAGUCGUAUUUCUUUAAAUCUGCAUGUAUGUAUACGUUGAAUAUUUAGUCCUCUCGUUGGACUAAGUGAAUAAGGGCCGUUGAAACAGCCCUGUAAGACCCAAAGGGUCAUUGUGUUUGAAUUUGCAUAAAGACUGUAGUCUGUGCAGAUGGAACUUGUAGACAUUUUACAUGUCACUGUCAGUAUCUCUGUUGGGAUGUGAUUUAUUUUUGCUAUUUUCAGCAAAUGUUGUAUAUAUGUUAUAUGUAAAAAAAAAACAAAAAAAUAAACUG